UCUGAUGGUACAUCAGUCAGUCAGUUACUGUCACGUCUGCACAGUGCACAUUGAAAGUGAUCUUGAGAUAUACCGGAGAUUUCGAUCUGACAGAUCGGUUUAUGCGCAAAUUUUAUUAAACAUUAUUGUGACUAAACAAUUAGUAUUAAAAUGAGUCUUCCAGUGACAAAGAAAAGUAAAAAUGAUGCAAACAGAGAAGAAAGUGGUGUAGAUCUUUCUAAGGAAGCAAAAGGUCUAAUUGAUAAGAUUUUAGGAGAUGUAAGCAAGAAAUCUGCUACCAAACAAAUUAUUAUUGGAACAACAUCAGGAUGGCUUACUGGUUUUGUGACAAUGAAAGUUGGAAAAAUAGCUGCUGUUGCAGUUGGUGGAGGAAUUAUAAUGUUACAAAUUGCGGCGCAUCAAGGCUAUAUAAAAAUCAAUUGGGAUAAAAUACAAAAGAAAGCUGAAAAAAUUACAGACAAAGUAGAAGAAAAAGUCACUGGAGAAGGACCAAAGCUUCUAGAUAAGGUCGAGAGGUACGUCGAUAAGAAACUGGAUAAAGCUGAACAGUUAUUGAAAAAUGGCGAAUCUCGUACACGACGUUGGUACCAUUCUAUAACUGGUGAAAAGUCAUUCAAAACUACGGAGUUGCAAUUCUUCCUUGCAUCAUUUUGCGCCGGUUUAGCGCUCAGUGUGGUUACUGUUAACUAAGUUCAUACAUGCUGCACUCUGAAUAUAAAUAAUCAGGUGCUUAUCAUAUGAAUAUUAAAUCAAAAUCGAUUAGUUGAGCACAUGAAUAAUAAAACACAUUACAUAAUAUAUAAAAUAUAAAUGGAAACGAUGUUUCUUUGUCUGAAAUUGUGAUACAUUUUAUUUCGGUAAUUAGUAAAAAAUAAUGUGCUUUUCUUUCUGAACAUAUAUUGAAUUUCUGUUUGUGUUUAUAUCCGAAUUUAUAUUAUUCAGAAUGCAGCAAAAAAUUAUGAUGCAGUCAUUUUAGUGAUUAUAUUUUUAGAGCAAAGAACUUAAAUAUACUCUUUAUUACCUCUAAAUCUAUAAUAGUCAUUACUUUGAUGACUAUUAACUUAUACGCUAUUAACAUGUAGUGUACACUAUAUACACUUGCUUUUUGUAUUAUUCUCUUGUAUUUAACAGAUUUUGUAAAACAAACUAUUGUAAUCUUGAUUUAUACGAUACUUUGUUGUUUAGUUUAGUAAAUAACUAAUAUUGUUUAAGUAGUAUUACUAUUAGUUAGUCAUAUAUAAUAUGAAACCAUAAACAGAUUAUGCCAUAUGUAAUUUAUUGAGAAUCUCGCAUAUAACUAAGUUAUGUAUUAUACAUUGAUAUGUUACUUCCAGUUUUUAAUUUGUACAUGAUUCUUAAAAAUUUAUUUAUAUAUGCUAUUGCAUACAAAAAUGUAAUGAAUAAAAUGGGUCAUGUAAUACUGCCACGUACACAAGUAUAUUUGUAGAUAUUAUGUACAGUUUAAUGUAUGUGAGCGUGUACGUAGUUACAGGUAAUACUAAUGUAAAUGUUACUUACAUUUAUUUGAAAGUACUUAACAUCAUAACUUCUUUUGGUAUUAAUU